AAAGAAAAAAGUUUAGCAAAAAAGGCAAAAUGCGGGCUGGGAAAUGUAUCUUUCUUUUAAUAUUCGUCUUCGUCCAAUUCGUAUCACUUUGGGCCAUCGAUAAAGACCUUGAGAUCGGCGAGAUUUCCCAAUCGCACAGCAGGAACAUCAGAAGCGUGGAGACGCCGUCACCGGUGGACUGUCGACUAACUCAGUGGUCAGAAUGGUCUCCAUGCUUCCCGUGCAGAAGACUCAAAUACAGAUACAGGAAUUUAGACCAACCUGCCAAGUAUGGAGGAAAGAUUUGCAUCGGGAGCCUUCUAGAAACCAUGACGUGUCAAACCAGCGACAAAUGUGUCCCGGAGAAUAAUUGUGGUUCUGAUUUUCAGUGUGAAGAGACAGGUCGCUGUAUCAAGAAACGUCUGGUGUGCAAUGGGGAGUCAGACUGCACGGACGGGUCUGACGAGAGGGACUGCGAUGACUUGACAGAUGAGACAUUCUGCAGACAGCUUUUCCCCAUUCCUGGAGCAGAAAAAGCUGUGAGAGGCUUUAAUAUACUCACGAACGAGUUUGCCCUGAACGUAUAUGAUCACCGGUUUUAUGGUGGCCAGUGCGAGUAUGUAUACAACGGAGAAUGGAGGGACCUGAAAUACGAUCCUACGUGCGAAAAAAUGUACUACGCCGACGAUGAAAAGUACUUCAGGAAACCCUAUAAUUUCCAUAUGUAUCAAUUCCUAGCUCGGGCUGACACUGGAUUAUCGUUCGAGGUUUACGAAGAUUCGAGGGAAUUACUUAAUGCGGUUAAACAAGGUGGCUCUUUUUCUAUGGGUUUCUCCUUCAACAUAAGGCCGGCGGGAGCACCGGUCGGUCUUGAAGUUGGAUUCGACACCAAGAGGGAAUUCGAAUACCUGAAAAAUGUAACAACCUAUAACGAAAAGAAUUUAAGAUUUAUGCAAAUAGCUACCAAAGUACAAACAGCUCGAUUCAAGAUGAGAAGAAAUUCCAUUACGCUCGAUGAGGACAUGUAUCAGUCACUGAUGGAGCUCCCGGACAGAUACCAUCACGGUCUUUAUUCCAAAUUUAUUCAAGACUACGGGACGCAUUUCGUCACCUCUGGAACUAUGGGAGGAAUUCUAGAGAACAUUCUCGUGAUUGACGAUGAAAUUAUGAAAAAGACAGAGAUUGACUAUUCGACGAUUACUACGUGUUUCGGACAAAGUAUUGGCAUUAAAAUUGAAUCAGAGGAUCAGCAAGUGGAGGGCACGCUCAAAUUAAAGGGAAAGCAAUGCCAGACGCUUAACGAAUAUCUUGAAGAUAACUCUGGAGAGAAAAACUUCCUAAGAGAUGUGAUCACGCAUACGAAAGGUGGAGACACGGGAUCUACGGGAGGAUUAAUGCAUGUUUUUGAUCCCAACACGUAUCGUUAUUGGGGAAGAUCUCUGAAGUAUAACCCGGCCCUAAUUGAUUUCGAGGUACAACCGAUAUACGAAGGUUUACAGCAAUCAGGCAUAUCUGGAAUUGAGGCAAAAAUAAAAAACAUGAAAGCCGCGUACGACCAGUUUGUGAGUGAGUUUAAUGCCUGCCGGUGCGGCCCUUGCCAGAAUAACGGCGAACCUUUACUCGAUAACAACGGGUGUGAUUGCAUCUGCCCGUCCGGAUACGAAGGUCCCGCGUGUGAAAAGACUUCGCGCAAAGGUACGAGCGUCAACGGCAACUGGGGCUGUUGGUCUUCAUGGUCCGGUUGCCAGAGUGGAAAACGUCAGAGGACAAGAAAUUGCAAUAACCCGCCUCCUCAAAAUGGCGGCUUGGGGUGUUUGGGAAAAAAUGCCCAGGGUGACUCUUGCUAACCAAGCGAUUCCCGGGUAUUAUCGUGCCUGAACAGCGCGCUGGGAAAAUGGAACCCAAAAGAGCCAUUUACUAAUCAGGACAUUGACAAGAGAUUCGCUGUUGAAACUGAAACACGUUCGUCAAUAAAGCUUAGAGACCUAAAAACAAUUACGUUGGCCAGAUCUCCUUCAAUGUCUUCUACCUCUAGAUAACAUCUUCUAAAUAACAGCUUCUUGUGAUCGGUAGCAAAUUAGCUGUUUGUAAACCAUGUCCAGGCACUUACAGAUUGUUGUAUCAAAGCUCCUUACAAAGUUACAUUGUUAUCCGAUUAUGGUUUUCCAAGCAGAACGUUCGUAUCAUACUUCCGUGGCCAAGCCAUGGAGACCGGUGGCUUCUGAUCAAUUUCAACCCCAUCAGAGCUCCUUCCAUGGAGUUUCCAUGGAAGGAGGCAGAAACACAUACCCCCCCCCCCAACAUUUCAAGUCAGGACAUCUGUGUUGAGGGCGAUGGGGCAAGCGACAAUGAGGGAACACCUCAGGUCUCAAGAUGACCCCAUGAGAACUGCAAUGGAUGGCCGUGAUGCUAACUUUACAGCUCCCUGGCCAGGCCCGGGGAGAUCAAAGGAUGAACCAGCCCAUGAUCCCCACUGUCUGCAAAUUAUGACUGUCCCUUGAAAACCAGGACUGUUGGGAGGUACGGUAAUGUUUGUAGGUUCAUUGAGUUGAUCUAUAAAACCAGUGUGUGCCCAUACCUUGACAAUAUUACUGUGUAUACCUAAAAUAAUGUGUCUAAAAUAAAUGUUUACCCAUUUCAAACACAA